AAUGCGAGCUCUUAUAUUACUUCCUGGUCGGAGUAUAUUGACACUUGCAUAUCUACACUGCACAUGCGCCCUUGCACACUGCUAUCUCGGGGAAAUGGGAUUUACAGAAAGUUAUUGUUUCGGAAAGUUAGGAUAAAUAUAUCAUGAAACAAAAUACCCCAGUUUCAUAAUGGUAUAACUGACAACUGGAUAGGGUCGGAUUACCUCCAUAUUGACAAGAUGGCCAAGCUGCUGUCAGUGAAUUCUACAGUCCCACCGCCAUUGCCUGAGAGAACACGUCGACCGGUAUCUAGAUCUGUACCAGAUAUAUCAGAUUUCGAAGCUAGAUUCAGAUUUCACGGAAUCCGCGAGUUGCCGUCACCCGAGCCCUACACGCCGUGCAAAAAGACUUACCCAAGUGCUCUUGUUGCCAAGCAACCACGAGAAAGUCCGCCUCCCCCUCCACCCCCAAGGCGACAACGCCCAUCCCUCCCGGCCCUUUGACGUCACAAAGUAGCUCGUAGCAUCUUGCGUUUUGCCGACUUGCUCGUGAUCAUCGCCAAGAAUGGCCAACAUCUCAACAGAAGCAGCGUGUGACUUAGCAUCAGACAUUUCGAUUGGAAAAGUUAAGGAUGGCAAAGACUAACAAAUAGCCGAGAUUCAUAUAUAUUGGUUCAUCACUGGCAUCAUCUUAUUGGUUUCCCUUUAACAUUCGUCACCACUCGCCCCUUUCCGUAACCUGCAAGACGGCUUGUCCCGGAAUAACACGAGUUGGUCACGAAUGUCCCUUUAACUGUACGGUAACAGAGAGCACCAAUGGGCUUGAAGGAGAAGUGCGACAUCCGUUAGCUAAGGCAGAGUUGCAUCAAUCUACAGACUGGUUCGUAGUAACUGUUUUAACUACGACAGCAGACUCCAGCAUCGUUCAAGACACACCCUCAGAUGCUUUAAUCUCCAGGUUGAGCCAGUUCCAUAGACCCAGAAGCUCCAUAGAUUAUUCAUGACAUGGGACACAGUCCGUAUGAAGAAUAUAGAUGUGAAUCAUUUCAUCGAUUUCUCAUAUCAACCCUUCAACAGCUGAUGAAUAAAGUUACUAUGCUUACUGUACUAUGAAACUGUGGACAAAGGUCACGCUGUGUGACUGUUUAAGCUGAACUCUUGAACAGUGGCUUUUUGUGAGAAGGGCAAUGUGUGAAAUUUGUGUUUAUGUAAACACACAUAGCCAUGUUUUGGAUGUGGGGUUUCUUAGAACAUAUUAUUACUUAAUGUUGUAUAUGUAUAGAUUCAAUCAAUAUGAUUCAGUCCCAAGCAUACAUUACGUGUUUUGGUGUUUUAAUGACCUGCACUCUGUACUGUAAUUUAAUGCAUUAAAACAAUACAGAUAAUGA